AUGAGCUGGAGAUGGGAUGAGGAGGAGGGAACGAGAGGAGGUGAACAGGGUGCGUCUGAGAGAAGGACAACUAGCCAGCCAGCCAGCCAGCUGCUCACCGGUGGUGGCAUUGCGCGAGCCAAGGACUUUCAUGCCAUUCGACUGCACGAAGCCCUCUCCCUCUUCCUCGGUGUGCGAUGCUCUGCUCAGUGUGCGACGCGGGGACAGGCGUUGCGUCGGACCGACCUCAUUCUCCCCGUCCAGUCCAGUCCAGUCUAG